AUGAGCUUCUGCACCGCCAUGCAACGUCCUGUGACAUCAUCCGCCACAUUCCUCCGAUGGGCAAAGCCCUCGGUAGGACGUCUGCGCACUUUCUCAUCAUAUGGAAACGCUCACCUAUCCUCGAAGCGGGACAUGCAAACCGCAACCGCCUACCGCCCGCACACCCUCCCAUCUUCUUUCCCUCCUCGAAGCUCCGGCGGCGCCGAUACCUCCAUCUCAUCUGAAUUCCCUCCUCCCGACUCAACAACAAACCGGAGCACAUCACAAAACACAUCGCCAAACGUGAGCGUACGGGAAGGCGAAGCACAGAAAUCGAAAUCGACCUCUGCGGCUCCGGCCACUAAGCCGAAGCCUCGUCGUCCGCUCCGGCCAAGAAAGGCAGCCAUGACGAUAUCCUCUGUGGCCACCGACCAACUUCGGAAAUUGAUGGACCAGCCCGAACCGAAGUUCAUUCGUGUGGGUGUCAAGAACCGCGGCUGUUCAGGCCUCGCUUAUCACCUCGAGUACGUGGAGAAGCCCGGAAAAUUCGACGAGGUUGUCGAGCAGGAUGGCGUGAAGGUCUUGAUCGAUAGCAAGGCUUUGUUCAGCAUUAUUGGCAGUGAAAUGGACUGGCAGGAAGAUAAGCUGAGCAGACGAUUUGUGUUCCGCAACCCAAAUAUCAAGGAAGAAUGUGGUUGCGGCGAAUCGUUCAUGGUUUGA